GUUCUUAGCCGCCCAGCUUUGGCUUUAUCACAUCUCAGAGUCAUCAGCCCAACGGGACAAAGAAUCAGAUGACGAAAGAAAUGAUUGAUUGAACUAGUGAUAUUACUUAAUAACUACCCUUCUGUUCCGUCCGUCUUGUCUUGCCUUGUCUUGACUCAUCGUGCUUGUUUCACAUCUCAGCCAACCUGUCUUGUUUUAAAAGUUAUCCUCCAUUCCUUUUGUGUCAGAUCCAGACCCAGCCAGAGGGAAUACCUCUCUCUCUCUCUCUCUACGUACGGGAUACCUUACUCACAGACCAAUUCAACUGCUAGAUUCGGAAGACUGUCUCCCCUAAGAAAUAGCCUGUGCAGCAAUAUCCUUACCCUUUCUUACCUAUACUCACCGUUGACGACGGCGAACCGAACUGAAACCUGGGCCUCUGCCACGACGCGCUAGCCUCUGUACGGGUCAUUACAGCAGUGCAAGACCCUCUUCUGCCCCGCGCUCUCAACUUGCGAACUGGGCUAUUUGAACCAGCAUCAGCACGGCCCGAGCGGACGUGGAGCUCUUCUGUUCCAUCUGUAGCUGCUCAACUACUUUAUCGCUACUAUAACUCCCCGUCGCUGUCAACCCUUUUUUUCUACUAAAUACCUACCUAUUUUCCAUCGUUACACUUUGGUUCCUUUCUCAGUCGCUAUAAAUCAUCAACUGCAUAUCUCGCUCGAUUCCGUUGAGUCUCGUCGAUAAUCAAAACUUGCGAUUGUAUUGGGUGGAGCUCAAUACCUAACCCCUCAAAUCAUCCUUAAUCAGCCAGUCCAGUCCAGUCCUGCCCAGCCAGUUCAAGCCAGUCCAGGUGGUCCAGGUCCAGAUCCCUCCAGUACCAACAAAGGAGCCUUCUUCGUCUUGCUUGGCUGGUCCUUUUCUCUUGACUUGACUUGACUCUACCUUAUUUCUACACCAUCUCGACCGACCGAUCGAGCGACUGCGCAUUCUUCUCUACACGGCAUCAGUCGUUAGCUUUUCGGUCGCUCUAAUCCUCCUCAGCUUUCCCCUCCUCUUCACCGCGACCAUGUCUCGAUCGAACCCCCCUAACGCUGCGGGGUCCCGCAAGAUCUCGUUCAACGUGAGCGAGCAGUAUGAUAUUCAGGAUGUUGUUGGUGAGGGCGCCUAUGGUGUUGUCUGCUCUGCCAUUCACAAGCCCUCCGGCCAAAAGGUCGCUAUCAAGAAGAUCACUCCUUUCGAUCACUCCAUGUUCUGUCUAAGAACCCUGCGAGAGAUGAAGCUGUUGCGAUAUUUCAACCACGAGAACAUCAUCUCCAUUCUCGAUAUCCAGAAGCCCCGAAACUACGAGUCAUUUAAUGAAGUCUACUUGAUCCAGGUUUGUACCGCCAGCGCUCAGUCGCAAUAGCAACAGCAGACUAACGAAUGAUACAGGAGCUGAUGGAGACGGAUAUGCACCGAGUCAUCCGCACCCAGGACCUUUCUGACGACCACUGCCAGUACUUCAUCUACCAGACCCUCCGCGCCCUCAAGGCCAUGCACUCGGCCAACGUGCUGCACCGAGACUUGAAGCCCUCCAACCUCCUCCUCAACGCCAACUGUGAUCUCAAGGUUUGCGAUUUUGGUCUUGCGCGAUCCGCUGCUUCCCAGGAGGACAACUCCGGUUUCAUGACUGAAUACGUCGCGACUCGAUGGUACCGUGCGCCCGAGAUCAUGUUGACUUUCAAGGAGUACACCAAGGCUAUUGAUGUGUGGUCGGUUGGCUGCAUUCUCGCCGAGAUGCUCAGCGGCAAGCCUCUUUUCCCUGGCAAGGACUACCACCACCAGUUGACACUCAUUCUGGAUGUGCUGGGCACGCCCACUAUGGAAGAUUACUACGGAAUCAAGUCGCGCCGCGCUCGAGAAUACAUUCGAUCGCUCCCCUUCAAGAAGAAGGUUCCCUUCCGAACUCUAUUCCCCAAGACCUCGGAUCUGGCCCUCGACCUGCUCGAGAAGCUCCUCGCAUUCAACCCUGUUAAGCGCAUUACCGUGGAGGAGGCUCUGAAGCACCCAUACCUUGAGCCUUACCACGAUCCCGAGGAUGAGCCAACAGCGCCCCCGAUCCCCGAGGAGUUCUUUGACUUUGACAAGCACAAAGACAACCUGAGCAAGGAGCAGCUGAAGCAGUUGAUCUACCAGGAGAUUAUGAGGUAAAUGUGGUAUGAUAACGAAGAUCGGCGAGGCAUCUAGGAUCUGCGAUCCGAGACACCUCUGACAGGUUAUCUGUUGCUAGCAGGCGUGCUCAUAGUUGUGAUAUUUGAGAGGAAGAUAAGUGGCAGAAUUUGGAGAAGAUAGAUAGACCACAGCACAACCCUCACGCACGCAAACAUACACAGAAUCACCUGUUAGUUUAUUCUGCAUAGCAUGCACAUGGCAUGGGUCUUUUAGGGCAAACUUGAUGUUGAAAGAUGGUCAAAUGUAUGGAAACAGGAUCAAAGACAUGGGCCAGAGUCAGGAUCAGAGUCAGAGUCUGAGAAAGGCAAACAUGGGACUUGAAGAUGAUUUGAUGAAGUGCACAUUGCAGCCAUUUCUUUUUUUAGUUGUUAUAUCCCAAGAAAAAAACUUCAUGAUGAUACGAUGUUGAGCAUACGCAGGUGAUCAAUAGUGAAACAGAGUUAGUAGCAAACUCAGAUGUUAGAGUGUUCUCCCUGCAUGUUAGGAACUAUACACGUUGAGAGACUACUAAUCCAAUAGAGAUAUCAAGUAAUAUCAUGACUUUUGUUUCGCCCAAUCCUCAUCGGCC